UCCUUCAGAGCUGAGCUGAGCCGGUUUGCUUUCGAUUGCAUGUGUUUUUAGCGUUGUUGAGUGUUGAAAAGUUUUAAAACAGUGUAAUCUCGUGUGAUUUUAUCAGCAUCAAAAAUCGUCUACAAUAUUUCAAUCGCACACAGCAGAAACUAUUCCAUAAAUCGUAUACAAAGUUUCUGUUUUCCGAAUUCGUCACCAUGCCUCGUAAUGAUUUUGGAAAAAUGUCGGCCGAGCAGCGCAUCCAGCCAGGACGGGUUAUGAUUGUGCUUACGGAUCCACUGAUUAUGGAUGAUGUUGUGGUGCAGAUAGCGAAGCAAUACGGUAUCGUGAAGAGUCUGCACCGGCCGGGCAAUAAUCCGCAUCUAAUUUUUCUGCAAUAUGAGAAUUCCGAUUUUCGCAUGGAUGUGAUUGAAAAGCUGCGAAACUAUCCAAUAUUUCGGGCCGUUGAUCCUGCCCUAAGGUCGGAAAGAUUUCUCAAUGACAACUCUAACGAUAAUAACCAGGCUAAUCAACCUAGAAGCAAUACCGGCGGUAAAUCUAAGGGAAAUCGAACAAACCAUCAAAACAAGCAAAAGGGUGGCGGAAAUGCUAACGCUAAUGGUGAUAAUUACAGUAACGGUAAUCAUUACAGUGGAGGUAAUGACACCUCGUUUCAACAAAUGGAUAGAGAGUGUUCACCACAAAAACAAGUAGGGGACAUUCACGAAUUUCAACCAGAAAUUCCACUGGGUUGCUGGUUCUGCACGAGAAUGCCGAGUUUCGAAUGUCAGUGUGGUGCUUAUUAUUGCGAUACUAGCUGUCAGCGAUCGGAUUGGGCGAAACAUAAAGCGAUUUGCAUGCCCCGCCUGGUGCCAAUAUCCUAUUCCAAUAAACGCAUGCUUAUGGAAGCAACCGCUUCUAAGCAGAAUUCGUCUCUGUCCGGCUCCACCCAAUCCCCAACAAUACAGGAUAACAGCUCGUUAGACAAUAAUAAUAAGCGUAGCGUACAGAAUGCGUCGAAGAAGAAUCAUCCUAAUAAUAUGGGUAAUAAAAAUCAGAAUAAACCACAAUUACGGAAUGGCAACGAUGAUGAUCUCGAUGGUAAUGGUAGCCGCCAGCAGCAGUCUCGUCAAGAGACUAAGAGCUCUCCGGAAGAUGCCAACAAGGUGAAUCAACUGAGUGUCAAACUGCAACGACUUAAGUUGGCUAAGUCAGGCAAUAAGGAUCGUAUUCUACUUCCGGGUUUGUUUCCUCGCGUCGGUAGUCGAGUUAAAAUUUCUGCGUCUCUUUCCGCUGGAGUAAUCUACAUUUACCAUAACAACGCCGGCAAUGGAGAAUCGAGUGAUUAUCAUAAAUUAGGAAAUAAAAUUUACAAUGCAACGAAAGAUGCGCAAUCUUUGAAGCAGGCUCCACGUGUUGACGAUGUGAUUUUUGCGCCUUUCAUGGGUGGGUUCUAUCGUGCAAAGGUACUCCGCGCAAAAGAAGAUGAACUGGAUAUUCAGUAUGUUGAUUUUGGCAACACAGGUGUGAUUUCUUGGAAAGUAGCCAAAGAAAUCGCUGAUGAAGAUCUGAAGUGGGCUAAAUACCUGACAUUCCCAGUCAAACUGGAGGGUAUUGAAAUGUUCAGUAAAGAUCAGAAACAAGUUCUGGACAAUUACGAGGAAUCAGUUGAGUUUGAAUUGGUUAAAACAACUGACGUGCGCGAUUCCGAAAUACAAGAGGUUGUACUAAAGCAACCAAAAGAGACCAGGACGCUAAACAUACAGCUAUUAGAAUUGAAGGAAAAUCUACUUCGCGAAAAGAAACAACAGGAGGAACAAAAAGAGCGCGAGCAAGCCGAAAAGGUUUGCAGUGAAAAGCAACCGAAGGAUGUGUCCCCCAAGAUACCAAACCCAAGCAAUUACACUCCUGUUUUAUUUGAUGAAUCGAUAGAGACUAAACAGCUCCCCCUGGAUUGCAAGCAGCGAGUGAUGAUUAUCGACGCCAGCGAACUGUUGGACACGCGAAUUAUCUCGGUCAUCGGGUGCGAAUAUAUCCAACAGUAUGCAACGGUACUGCAGAACUGCUUACAGCUGGGACCACUCGAUCCAAACUCGUAUCAACCCAUGCUGGAGGGAGAAGUGUGUCUUGUUCUGCACGAGGCCGACUGGAGCCGGGCACUGUACGACAUAUCGGAAGAUAACUUUAUGCUUCUGGAUGUUGGUAUUAUUGCCAACAUUCCGACGGCCAACGUCCGACGGUUUCCAACUGGUCUGAGCAAAACCGUCUACAAUAACGAGGUCAUCGUUGAGAAUAUGGCUGUCUUGGAAAAAAUGAUAGGUGAUGGCAAACCGGAUAGUAUACAUGGUAAGGUAGUAGAAGCUUGGGUCUCCAACUCAGAAGACGGUGUCUGCGUGCGGAUCGUUCCUUGAUUUGGAUAGGUAUUUUAUCUGAUGUCUGAAUAAUUUUCGCCUGGGCGAUGAAAUUUUAAGAGUGCAAGGUAACAAAACGCGACAAUUUAUUUUAUCAUUUCACAGGACUUUUUCUGUACUAUUUUUAUUGUGUCAAGAGAACCUUUGAAUUUGAAAACCGUGUGUAAUUUAAAGUGCUAUUUGUGUAUAUUUUGGAGCUUUUCAUAUAAAUCAACAAAUAUCUACAACCA